AUGGCUGUUUUGAAGUCCAGAACGGUUGUCAUAAACAGAUACCCGUCAGCAUUAAAUCCUGGAAAAUGUAACAGAAUUCGUAGUAAUUUGGAUUCUAAUGACAAUUUUUGUCAAAAAAUCAAAGAGUGCCAGUUGGUGAAUAGUAUCGAAUCACUUAAGAUGAGACAUCGAUUUGUCAGUGACUCUGUUAAUGAUCUGAACGAUAUAUACAGCUUCCAAUUGGUGCUGUCUCUAUUUCUUUUGCUUGUAAUGACAUUGUUUGAUAUUUACGAAGUCGUAUUAACAGAUUAUAACAUGUUACAAACACAUUGGAUGCUAUAUAUGUGGUUGUUGCAAUAUGCAUUUAGAUUUUGUAUGAUUGUAUUGACAACACAUAUUACUACAAAACAGGCUUACAGUACAAAAAUGCUUAUAGCUGAUAUAAAUAAUCGAUAUUUAGAUAAAACCACAAAGGAAGAGGCUUUUGCUACGGGAACAACUGUAAUUUCUAUCGAUUUAAGUUACAAUAAAUGGCAAAUCGUUUUUUCUACGUCAUUAAUAAUAACAUCUAUUUAUAACUUCUACAUUACACCUAAUGUUGUAUGUGCGCUGGACGGGAAAUGCGAUGGUUCUUUAUCUACUGUAAUAAAAGGACUGUUUAUAAGGGUGGUAUCAAGUACUUGUGUGAUAUCAAGACUAGUUAUAUUUCUCAAGGGUAAUAGUAUUUUAAUACAGUACAAGAAAAAUAUAGAAAAGUUUCACCUAUUCACACCAAUGACUCAAUUUGAAACGGCAGUAUUAAAAAAAGUAUCAUCUCGAAUUGUAUUAUUAUGUUUACUACUAACUGUACCGGUAAAUUCUUUUAGAUUGUGGAAGAUGUUAUAUAGAUCGGAUUUUACAAUAUUCGUUUUUAUCUCUAUGUAUAUUCAGAACAUGAGUAUGUAUUGUAUUGAAACUCAUUUUACCAUCUUGUGUUUUAUCCUCUACCAAAAAUUCGUUGGGAUCAACAAAGAUUUAAUGGCACUUAAGAUCGAUACUGUCGUACGAAACAAAUACCCAUUCAUGCUACGGGCAAGAGAAAAAUACGGGAAAAACUUUAAUACCGUUGAUUACAACAGAGAUGUUCUACAAACGCUGGCUGCCGGUCACUCGAUAGUUAAUUUUGUCGAACAAUUAAAAGUUAAACACAGAUUGGCUCGCGAAGCAGUGAACAACUUAAACGAUUUAUUUGGCGUCCAAUUGGGAUUGUCAAUGUGUUCGCUAUGUCUGUUCUCCAUGUUCGAUCUGUAUUAUCAUAUCCGGGGGAUAAUGAAUCCAACUAAAUCUAAUAUACUGAUAUACGGUUGGAUUUUACAAUACUCCGUUCGAUUUGGAUCUGUUACAAUUUUAGCACACCUAACAUCAAAACAGGCACUAAAAUCAAAGAUACUCAUAACGGACAUACAUAAUCGUUAUUUAGACAAGAAUUCAAAAGAAGAGAUACAAUUGUUCCUGAAUCAAAUGUGCAGUUGUGCGAUUGAAUUUACUGCUUGCGAUUUCUUCACUUUAAAUACUCAUCUAAUCACAUCUGCAAUUGCUGCUGCUACAACAUAUCUUGUUAUAUUAUUACAAUUCAAUUAG